AGCCGUUUGGUUCAUAACAGGAAGGGCGGGCGCAAAACAGGCCAAGCCACACGAGCGAUUCGCAUGGCGCCUCGCUCCAGCGUUGUAUCCAUUGCCUUGGCUGGAACCAUGGCGGUCGUCCUUGGAUCCACCAGCUUCGUGACUCUGCAGCUGGGCCCCGCUCAACUGAAGGAUGCGCGAUCUGCGAGAGGCCAAGCAUCAUCUUCUGGUGCAAGUGUUGGCCAAGCCAUGCCCUUCGCACUUGUGAUGGGUGCUGCAGCACUGGGUGCUGGAUUGAGCAGAGUUGGCCGAAAAGUGGGCCAGACCAGGGCUUCUGCAGUGGUUUGCCAUGCCGAAUCCAAGCCUCACGUGAACAUCGGCACCAUUGGCCACGUCGACCACGGCAAGACCACUCUGUCUGCUGCCAUCUCUCUGGUCUGCGGCCAAUUUAGCACCUCUGGCGACACGAAGCAGAAGUCCUAUGAGGAGAUUGACAACGCCCCAGAGGAGCGGUCGCGUGGUAUCACCAUCAACGCCUCCCACAUUGAGUACGAGACGGAGAACAGGCAUUACUGUCACGUGGACUGCCCAGGGCAUGCAGACUAUGUGAAGAACAUGAUCACAGGAGCAUGCCAAAUGGAUGGAGGAAUUCUGGUGAUUUCCUCCCCAGAUGGACCCAUGGCCCAGACGCGCGAGCACAUUCUCCUCUCGAAGCAGGUGGGCGUGCCCAAGCUGGUUUGCUUCAUGAACAAGGUGGACAUGAUGGAUGAUGAGGAGCUGUUAGAGCUGGUCGAGCUGGAAACCCGUGAGAUGUUGAGCCAGUAUGGCUUCCCUGGUGACGACACUCCGUUCGUGCAAGGAUCUGCCUUGCAGGCCCUGGAAGCCAUGAAGAGCAACCCAGGAACCAAGAAAGGUGAUGACAAGUGGGUCGACAAGAUCUUGGAGCUGAUGGAGACUGUGGAUGACUACAUCCCAACGCCAGAGCGUGACACUGACAAGCCUUUCCUCUUGGCUGUGGAGGACGUGUUCUCCAUCUCUGGUCGAGGAACUGUGUGCACUGGCCGAGUUGAGCAGGGUAUUGUGAAGAAGGGCGAUGAGGUGGAGAUUUUGGGCCGCGGCAAGAAGCC